AUGGAUAAAUUAGAUACUGAGACAUACUUUGAAUUUAAAACAUAUGAAGAAUUUCAAAAAGAAAGAUUGAAAUUAAAUUAUGAUAAUACAUUAAAAUUAUGGUAUUCUUUACCUAAUUGUCUACCAACAACUGAUAACAAUCUAGUCAGACGACAAACACCUAAACAACAACGAGCACGUUUAAGAAAAAUGAAAUUUUUUGCUUUUUAUUGUACAUUGUUCAAGAAAACAUUUCUCAAAAAGAAAAUUCAUUCAAAAGGUAAGUAG